UGCAUUUGUAUUCUUUCCAAACUCAAAGACCAAAGAGUAAAAGACUAGUCAGGUUGGCAGCGGCCAGCCGGUGAGCAAAGAAAAUGAAGAUGGUUCACGUCCUCGUGGUCUCGUUCCCCGGCCAAGGGCAUGUCAAUCCCCUGCUAAGGUUAGCUAAGCUGCUGGCUUCAGAAGGUCUAUUGGUCACCUUUUCUACCACUGAAUCCAUAGGCCACAUGAUGAAAAAAGCCACCAACAUCCCAGGCACAUGUAGCGCAACACCCAUAGGCCAAGGGCAGCUCAGAUUCGAAUUCUUCUCUGACGGAUGGCCUGCUGACGACAACUCCAAACGCCAAGACAUAGAUGGCCUGCUGCAUCGACUUGAGACCGUCGGAAAAGAAUCCUUCACUUGUCUUGUAAAGAAACAAGCUGAAGAGGGUCGACCCGUUUCUUGUCUCGUAAAUAAUGCUUUUGUACCGUGGGCGUUGGACGUGGCCACCGAUUUCGGCAUCCCUUGUGCCGUUUUAUGGGUUCAAUCCUGUGCUGUCUUCUCUACUUAUUACUAUUAUUUCCAUCGUUUGGCUCGUUUCCCAUCCGUAGAUGAACCCCAUCUUUCUGUCCAUCUACCUGGGCUGCCAAUUUUAAAUUCCCAUGAGGUACCCAGUUUCUUGCAUCCCUCCACUAUCUACCACAUGCUUGGGAACUUGAUCCUGGGCCAGUUCCAGAACCUCUCGAAAUCAUUCUAUGUGUUGGUCGAUUCGUUCGAAGAGCUCGAACAUGAAGUUAUUGAAGCCAUGUCUCAUUUGUCUCUGCCGCCGUUAAGAACCAUUGGUCCAUUGUUUAGAUCUCUAAAAGGAAGCAGCAGUAACUCCUCCAACGGCGUUCGUGGCGACUUCUGGACUGCCGCAGAGGGCUGCAUACAGUGGCUCGACUCUCAACCGCUGUCCUCGGUCGUGUACAUCUCCUUCGGCAGCAUCGCCUUUCUACCUAAGGACCAGAUGGAGGAGAUGGCUUGGGGGCUCUUGAAAACCGGGUUGCCCUUCUUAUGGGUGGUGAAGCCACCAGCAAAAGAGAUAGCCACCGACACAGGACUACCAGCUGGGUUCAUGGAUAAAGCUCAAGGUAAAGGGAUGGUGGUAGAAUGGUGUCCACAAGAACAAGUGCUCGCACAUCCAUCGGUUGCUUGCUUUGUGACCCACUGCGGGUGGAAUUCGUCUAUGGAGUGCCUGACCUCCGGUGUGCCUGUGGUCGCCUUCCCCCAAUGGGGUGAUCAGGUGACCAACGCAAAGUUCUUGGUUGACAAGUAUGGAGUAGGAUCGCUCAUGGGACGGAGCGACAGAGACAGCCAAUUGAUUUCGAGGGAAACAGUGGAAAGAUGCAUUCUCGAAGUAGCGCGAGGGCCUAAGACAGAAGAGGCGAAGAAAAACGCCCUAAAAUGGAAGAAGGCAGCAGAGAAAGCGGUGGCCAACGGUGGAUCCUCCCACCGGAAUAUCCAAGCUUUUGUGGAUGAAGUUCGACGUUUGGCAUUGACUGCAACUUCCUUUGAAAUAAAUACUUAGCUUCAAUUCUUCAGAAAUCAGAAGCCAUUUGUUAGUAGUCAGACGGAAGCUACUUGUUUGUGCUUCGUAAAAUUAUAAUCCGACGGUCGUCACAGAAGCAGAUGUGGACUCGUAGUCCAGCUUGUGUUAGCAGUGAGCUUUCAUUCCUUGCAUGCCCUCUAUGUCCUGCUUUUACGUUCUUUAGAUUGGAAUCUUUUAUUCGUUGUUUGUAGAAGGGUUUCUUGCAGAUAAGGGCAACUUUUUGCCUGAA